AUGGAUCAAACUCUCGUUCAUUUCAUUUAUAAGACAGGGACCAUCCUUGAAAUACCGCCAGAUGUGGCCAACCAGUUAUCACCUAGCCAGGCUGCUACCUUUGUCCACGGUGCAAAGUGUGAACUGGCUGCCUGGUACUCUGAGCUUUCCUAUAUCAGCGCCACUCAUAGGAAGCUUGUUAUUGACCGUGUUUAUAGCAAUCGGAUUUUCUAUGGGCUUUGGCAGGCAAGAUUGGUGAAAUGGCUUGCUAUUGCUUGUACCGUCACAUAUAUUGCUGUCUUUCUAACCAUCACAUUUGGUUGCUGGCCGUAUGCACCCACGGUUUAA